AUGACAACAAAUACUAUAACUUCAGAAAUUCAUGAACAACAUAUUGAAAACUUACUUCGAGAAAAUGAAAAUUUACCUAUAAAAGUUACAGAAAUAAAUACUUUAGGAGCAAAUCAAAUAAAUCCAUCAACUUUCCAAUCUCAUUUGGAUGCAACCAUAUUGAAAGCCCAAACAUUGACAGAAUUAUCUCUACAGACACAAAUAUUAAAUAAUAAACUGAUAUCAAAUGGUCUUAUCAAAGAUAUUUAUCAAAAUUACGAUUCAUUGGGUAAACUCCCCUCCUCUGAUAUAACCAAGUCUCAUCCAUUAUUAAAUAUUAUAUCAAAUAUUAAUGUCUUACCAAUUAACAAAUUUAUGGCAAGGACUGGUACAAAUGUAGGGAAUGGUGAAGGGGAUGGAUACCUUGAAUUUCAAAUUAGAAAUAUGUUUGGGAAUGGUGAAUCAUUAAAAUUUAAUAUUAUGAAAGGUACAAAAAUUCAAUCCUCUUAUUUAUUAAACUAUUCAAGUUUAUUAUUACCAAACAAGACACCAUUUUGGAACAUGAAUAUAGAUUUAUUUAAAAAUGUCUCUCAAUUAGGUCAAAAUUUACCCUUAGAAUUAGAUAUGUUAGGUGGUAAAUUCUCAAUUAGAAGUUCAUUCAUUACACCAUCAAGACACACCCCGGAUAAAAGAGGACUAUGGAAUUAUGAGUUCUUCAUGCAAAGUGUAAUUCGAUCUUGUGGGAAUACAUCCUUGAACAAUACUUCAAAUUCUUUGUUAUUCCAAACAGGGGAAGAUUGGAAAAAUAGUCUUGGUUCUAAUUUCGUGUGGGAUUCAAGGAAUAAUAGUGUUUUAGAUCCCAACGCAUUCCCUUCCAACGGUCAAUUAUUUAAAUGGUUUAAUGAAUUGAAUUUCAUCGGUAAUAGAAGUAGUACAGCCAACGGUGGUCCAUUUUGGAAGAACCAAUUGGAAUUUACACAAAUAAGAAGUUGGCUACCAAACGAUUUUAUAACAAUGAACUGUACAUUCAGAACAGGUUAUAUCAAACAAUUACUCACAAAAAACGAGGUGCAAAAGGGCUCAAGCUCAUUUCUUCACAUAAGUGAUAAAUUCCAAAAUGGUGGUCCAAAUGAUAUUCGUAGUUUCCAAACAAUGGGAUUAGGACCAAAGGAUAUAUUUAAUUCAAUUGGUGGAGAUGCGUUUGUAUCAUAUGGAAUAAGUAUAUUUUCAAAGUUACCCAUAAAAGAUUGGUCCAAAUCCAAUUUUAGACUACAUUGGUUUUUGAAUGGUGGGAAAUUAAUAAAUCACAAUGGCAUGUCAAUUAAUAAUUGUUUCACGGAUUUGUCAAGACAACAUUCCAUUUCAACGGGGGUUGGAAUCUUAUUAAGACAUCCCAUGGCAAGAUUCGAAUUGAAUUUUUCAGUCCCUUUAACUAUUCAUCAAGGGGAUGACGUAAGAAAGGGUUUCCAAUUCGGUGUAGGUUUAUCAUUCUUAUAA